CCAGGAAUCUUGUCCUCAGCCUAAAGUUGCUAUCCUCCACCUGGGUGGGGGGCCUUAGUUCUGCAGAAGAGCUCAAAGAUAUUGUUAAGUGUAUCUCUUGAGGGGGAACUGGAACCCUGCCCCAAGGCUGCACUGUUGUUUCGUGACUGCUCCUCCCUUGUCUCUGCAUCCCCUUCCUUCCCUGAUAAGUACCUGAUGAACCUGCCCCUUUGGAACUCAGGGAAGGUCAAGGAGGCAGAAUGAAGCCUAUUUCCUGCAAAUAAGAAACGGAGCACACAGAAAGUCCUUGAACCAGGGAGGGUCUCACAGGGUCCUGCACCAUUUCAGUAGAUGUUACUGAGCUGUUUUUUUACCAUUGUCCUCUGUAGUGUCAGGAAUAAGAAGUGUGUGUAUGUGGUAGAAGUCAAAAUACCAAGAUUCAGCCCUGUAGGGCUCACCAGGGCCUCUUACAUGUAGACAAGCCUGGGGAGGUUGUCCUAUAGCUGUGAGUCUGCCCCUUAAUCUGAGGCCAGACCAGCUGUGUCGGGAGCCUGUGUGGCUUUCUUGCUGUGUUAAAUUUGAUGAGCUCAGUAAAACCUACGAAUUGAACUUGGGGAGUGAAAACAAUAACAUUUUAUUAAUUUUGCCUUUUGAGCCCAAAUCUGCUAAUGCAGAGCAAAGGCUUCUAAUAUGGACAGGAUUAUUCAUCAUUAAUCACAAGAAGGCAACACACAGAAUAUAGUUUUUAUCAUAAACUCCCACUUCCUCCUCUUACAGGCUAGUGAUACAGAUGGAUAAACAUGUCUUUUCCGUGUGUUCAUUGAUCAGGAAGGAGGGGAUGGUGGCAUCUGGGCCCGAGCUGCUCUGAGGAAGGACCAGACCCCCUGUCACUUAGCCUAGGAAAGGACACGUUUUCUCUCUAUUUGCCUGUGAGAGUCUGGAUGUGGAAGGGACAGUAGCAUUUGGUGGUUCGAGCUGUGGCCGUGUUACUGGAAGGGGUCCGCCUUCCAGGGCCCAAGGGUGGGCUCUUGUCUAACACUCGGAAAUGAAUUGUGCGAAGAGACACGUGCUGAUGAAGCAGAAGCCUUUACUUUAGUGGGAAGGGGUGCCCGGUGGAGAGCAGUAGGGGAAGGGGUGCCCGGUGGAGAGCGGUAGGGGAUGGGAACCUGGGAGACCUGCUCUGCCACGUGCUCGAGUCUCAGGGUUCAUGGUAAUGGGUUAGCUCUCCAGGUUGUCUCUGGCCAGUCGUCUUGCUUAUGCACAUAUUUGAUCCGAUUCCUGGCGGUGCAGGCAUCUCAGUGAAGAUGGAUUCCAGCGCAAGGGUUUCUGGGAGGUUGGCAGGACAUAUCAUGGGCUGGUGUCCCCUCCCUCCUUUCGGCCCCUCCUGAAUUCUUCUGGCUGGCUGUAGCUUGUCAGUCUGAGGUCCUUAUUGGGACCUCCUGUUGUGAGAUAACUCAUUGCAAGUGGUUAUUAUCCUGCCUGGCCAGGGUGGGUGGUUUCAGUCAGCGGUUCUUUAACAGCUUUGGGGAUCUUAAAUCACUGGCUUUUCUUGUGGGUUGAGAUAAAACUUAAAGUGUACUUUUCGUGAGGCAAGCGUCUGGGAGCUUCGGGUGUGAAGCAUUAGAAGCGCCAAGCAGGGAAUGAGUGGAGAAGCAGGGUCAGCACCGGUGGCCACGGUUCCCAGACCCUCUGGUCACUGGCCCUCCUUCCCCGGGCCCGCUGGAUUGUGCUGACUGAGCCUGCAGGAACCCUCUGGGCGUGAGCUUCACUCUGAUCUCAUCCUGACAAGCCUGCCUCGUAGGGGUGAAAUAAAAUUCAUAUUUUAUGCCAAGAUGAGAAAAACUUAGAUAUAAAAAUUUUCUCUGCCCAUUGGGGCAUCCUCCUCCCUUUAGUGUGUGCUGUGCACCUGCACUGACCAGCCCUCCUUAGAGACCAGUCCUCCUUAGACAGGGCCUUCCUUCUUUAUCUCAUCAAGGGCCAGCUCCUUACGGGGUGACUUUCCUUCUUCAACUUGUAAGGAGCCACAGGGACCCACCACCCACCACUCGUACAUGCAGGUCUGGAUUGUGUAAACUGUGAACGAUCCAUCUGAUGUAUGACUGUCUCAGAAACAAAAGACCAUCCCCCAGGUUGGCUUGAGUAAAAUUUUCCAUUUUUUUCUUAGAUUGACUGUUGGUUAAUUUUCCCAUCAACAGUAGAAAGACUUACUUAAAAAAAAAAGAAGCACUCUUGUGAACAUUUCUGUCAAUCUCAGCAGUCACAGCGGGGGUGGGUGCUGUGACCCCUAGAGGCCCAGGGAAGGUCGGGGACUUGUUGAGGUGUCUGAGCAGACCAGGAGGUGAGCAGCGGGGUCCCUGAGGCCACCGGCUGGGAGUGAGCAGAGAGCUGUCAGAAGCAGCCGUGGCGGUAGUGACGUCUGGGCCCCUAGCGUAGGGCUUGGAGCCGCAUCUGGUUCCUUCACCCCGUCAGCCCCAAACACUGCCUUCACUUCAGAAGGUAAAGGGGGUGGGCUGUGGCCAUGACAUUGUAGACAGUGUUGGGAACAUGACUUUGAUGGAUGGUACAGUGAGUUUUGGAAAGAGGAAGAAAAGCAGUUUCCAAGAUUUGAGCAAAGGGAUUUCUGUUUGAAGGAUUUGGUGUCAGAAGCUGUCAAAUAUGGUUUUCACUCUGAUGGGGAUUUCAAUUUUUUUUGAUGAUCGUAUUAUACCAGGUUCAUGUGGUAUUAGGGUUUUCUCCUGAAAAUGUGUAACAGUAACAGGAGCAGCUGGCUGGCCUCCUGCCCCUCCUUUCCUUUCUUCCCCCUCCCUGGUCCCUGCCUCCUUCCUUCCAAGUCCUCUGUCUGAAGGGCUCCAGUGGGAUGAUGGUGUUUGUUUCCAACCUGGAAGCCUGAGGAGGGGCCAGGGCUCCGUGCUCCCUGGUCCCUUUGCCUGGGCCCUUGUCUAAGCUGACAGUGCGGGGCAGAGGGCGGCUGGGAGGGGUCAUCCUUCUGCUCUUGUGUCGUCCCCCCCCCACCCCCUUGCACCUGGCCGAUCAGCCCAGGUGUCCCCGCCCUGUGCUCCUAGGUCUCUGUCACCGCACCAACCACACCACCGGGAACAAGGAGCAGUGGGCAUGGAGGAGCUGUUUAACUUGUCCUUCAGGUUUUCUCCUUGGGAAACGGGGGCCCACAGAGAAAGGCUGCAGACGGGAGGCUCCAGACCAGCCCCAGGGCUGGGGCUCCCUCCCUCCCCGUCCUUGUGGGCGGGGACCUUAGGUUCUAGCAAGUAUCUGCUGCUAUUUUGGCCUUAGCUUUGAGGCUUUUAAGAGAUUUCUUUUGAAAGAAAAUGGGACAGUGAGAGCAAAUGGUUUUGACAUGAGGCCAAGCUGAGGAGGCUGAAGGUGUUGAGGGGGGUUUGUUACUCCUUCGAAGUUCCUUUGCUUUUCCCUCUUUUAUCAGCAAGCGGAGAGUCCGUGCCCCGAGUCCCACUGAUGUUUGUCCAUGUCUGAGGUGGGAGCACGAUGGGUGCAUGGCAGCCAAAGGACUCGCUCCUCCUCGUGCUGUCCGAGGCGGCGCUGGCUGUGGGCAGAAGUGCACCUGGGGUGACAGCAUGUCACGAGGCGUCGCUACCACCCUCAGGGCCACUGUGCCCUCUCCGGGGCAUCCCCUGUAGGAGAUACUCGGCCUGUGUGGGUCAGCCUCAGAGAAAACGGGUGCGGAGGACGGUCUAGUCAGAGGGGAGGGGCUGGCCCUCAUCCCUGACCGCCCAGACUUGGGGGUAAAGUUGUCAUGUGUUGUGUGUCUUCUGUGAUCCCAGGUCACAUGUGCGACUGCCCGUGGUCUCUGCGUCCCAAGGGACGUAUUUAAAAUCCAGUGUUUGAGUCCUGCUUCUCUCCCGUCGGGUACUUACUAUAAGCAAUGCAGUUCGUGUGCAGACGCUGGACGGGGAGACUGGAGGCACCCGCGCAUCAUUUCCUCGUUUUUAAAAAGCUGCCCGUGUGGGUGAGUCCUAAGCAGGACAGCCCCACUGUUGUCGGCAGGGUUUCAGUCAUCACGAGCAGGCUUCCUCGUUGAUCAGUUUCUGCUGUUUUCAGUGUUGGGGUAUGUUUGAAACUUUUGUUUAGUGGCUCAACAUACACAUUUGCCCCUGUUUGUUUUAGGCGAGGUUUUGCAGUUUUUCUGCGUCUCAGCGGUUGUGUGUUAUGAACCCCACUGUGGAGUAAGCUGGGCUUUUACAGGUGCAGGUGCAAACCUUCUGGAAGCUGCACUUUGCAGAGACUGCUUUAGGCCCUAAAAGAAUGAGUGUCCUUGUCCCCUUGGCGGUCAGCCAUAUGAAGGUUCUUAAGUCCAUCCUAGAAAAUCACCUCCUGGGAAAGGAUUCUCUAUACUUACUGGCUCAGUGUCUCCACAGCCCCCCCAGCCUUCUGGAUUUUCUCCCGAGUCUGAGCUCUCUGUGGCCUCCAGGUCACCAGCUGUUGGAGGUUCCUUCACUAGUGCUCACCAGGGUCUUGAGCACUAGUGGAGGAACCUAAAGUGGAAGGCCACCUCUCAGAGCCCAUCUCAGCCACGCUUUCAUCAACAUUCUUGUCAGAUGUGUCAAAAAUGGGUGCCGAGUUCACCUACGAUUCAGACAGAUCCGUGAACAUGUAACAGGUUCCUGCACAUAAAUGUCUUAUAAAGGAAGCCAUCCAGAGUUUAAGGCUAAUGUGCAGGUGAAAGCCUAUGUUUGUGGAAACGUGUGUAACCCCAACGCAGUGUUCAUGGCUGUGGCUCCGUCAUACCCCGGCUCUGAGUCAGUGAGGAAGCACCUUGUCCGUGAAUUCCACUUCUUUUGUGGAAAAGCCGUAUAGAAAAGCGGGUAAUUCACACCAAAGGCAACGUGUUACAGGGGCUGCAUUACAUGGGGCUACGGCCUGUUGAUUUUCGAGGAGGUUGGUGGUGGGGAAUCCUUCUGGGAGCCAGGUGGAACCUACUUGCUAACUUCUGACUUCUCCAGUUAUGUCUCCUGCCUUAACAAAGAUCCUUCCUUAGACUCCUGUGUCUGAUGAUUUCUAAAGUAGUAUUAAGACUUUGUCAUCGUGGUGGGAAGAUCAUUCUGGUAGCCAUCCUGGCACCUGGAAGUGUAGAGACUGCCAAGGAAACCAUUGUUUCCCUUAUUGGUGAGUCAUGUGGCCGGUAGUCCUUGUGAACGUGCGGGACCGUCCUGUUUAUCUGGGAAGGUGAUAGGGUUCUGGAAUUCCUAGGUCUUACUGGAGGGCUAGUGACGGUGGCUUGCUAAGGGACACACAUCACCUUGUCCUCUCCCUCUGCCUGCAGGUACGCAGCCAAGACCCCAACGCCAGCUGCACCCAGCCCGGGAGUCUAGUUUCCUCGUGGGAAGUCUCGUGGAUUUGACUCGGCUGCUGUACCCCCGGGCAGGGACAUGGCUGCAGGGGACGUGGCCACAGCCCGGCUGGGGGCCGGGAGGCAGCACCUCCAUCCCCUGAAGAGGAGGGGCUUGGUUCUGCUGAAAUUCAUGGCUGUUGUCUUUGCAGUGCUUCUCUUCUGUGAAUUUCUAAUCUAUUACCUCGUGAUCUCCCGGUGCAGUUGGCCUGCGGUGAGAACUCCCACGAAUGCCGGUGGCCGUGGGGCCCCCGAGCCAGUGCUCAGGGCCAUGUUCUUGGCUGAUACCCACCUGCUCGGGGCCGUGAGAGGCCACUGGCUGGACAAAUUACGGAGGGAGUGGCAGAUGGAGCGAGCCUUCCAGACGGCGCUGUGGCUGCUACAGCCGGAAGUCGUCUUCAUCCUGGGCGACGUCUUCGAUGAAGGGAAGUGGAGCUCCCCCCAGGCCUGGGCGGACGAUGUGGGGCGCUUCUGGAAGAUCUUCCGACACCCGCCACAUGUGCAGCUGAGGGCCGUGGCUGGCAACCAUGACAUCGGCUUCCACUACCAGAUGAACACGUACAAAAUUAAACGAUUUGAGAAAGUUUUCAACCCUGAAAGGCUAUUCUCUUGGAAAGGAAUUAAUUUCGUGAUGAUCAACAGUGUUGCACUGGAAGGGGAUGGCUGUGACAUCUGCUCUGGAGCAGAGGCCGAGCUCGUGGAAAUCUCUCGCCGGCUGAACUGCUCCCGGGAGCAGGAGCAUCGCCCCCACGGGUGUGGAGACAGGCGGCGGCUGCCACCCUCGGCCCCCAUCCUCCUGCAGCACUUCCCACUUUACCGGAGAAAUGACGCCAACUGCUCUGGGGAGGACUCGGCUCCCCCCGAGGAGAAGUACACCCCUUUCAAGGAGCGAUAUGAUGCGCUGUCCAGGGAGGCCUCGCAGAAGCUGCUGUGGUGGCUCCGGCCGCGCCUGGUCCUCAGUGGCCACACGCACAGCGCCUGCGAAGUCCUGCACGGGGCCAGUGUCCUGGAGGUCAGCGUGCCGUCUUUCAGUUGGAGAAACAGAAACAACCCCAGUUUCGUCAUGGGCAGCAUCCUGCCCACAGAGUUCGCCCUCGCCAAGUGCUACCUGCCCUGCGAGGACACGGUUCUGACCACGUACUGCGUGGCUGCUGGGGGCCUCGUGCUCCUCACGUUCGUCCACGCUGGGCUUCUGGCCUCACCUUUUCAUCUUGGUUGGAACAUGCUCAGAAAGUUUAAGACGACGUGAGUAGCAGGAGACUUUCUGUACUUAGUAGUAAGUCCCAAAGCCAAAGAAACUGAACUUUGGGCAAUGCUCAUGGACAGCGAGACCAGAGUUGGCUGUGGACACAGCUUGUGGGGUCUGAGUCGCUGGUACAGAGUCCUGCAGAAUCAGUAGUUGACUGUGCUGUUCUCAUGCUGCAAAAAUGGGACGUCUCUACAACAGGUGUGUCUUCUCUUUUUAUCAAGUAUAUGUGUAAUCAAAGACUGUAUCUGUACAAUGUGUAAAAGCUAUGAAUGUCAUCACUCACAUGCACUAGACAGCCUUCCUUCCCCAAGACGGAGGGUCAACUGUGCACAAACACCGGGUUUGCUUCUGUCCUCCUAUGAGCAGUUCUCAAGUUCCUAUACUUUACAAAGCUGUAUGCUUAAAAUAAAAUGCAGAUGCUACGAGCAGGAGUAUAUUUUCUCACAGACUUGUAUUUCUAUGCUAAAUUAAUGGAAUCAGAUUUUUAGAUGAGUGUGAUUUUUCUCUCCAGCAGACCAAGUUGUUAAAUCUGAAUCAAAUGCUUAUCAGUGAUCAAAAGAAAUGGACCAGUAAAGGCUUUUCAUAUUUAAAAAUUAAUAUGCUGAGGGGACUUCCCUGGUGGUCCAGUGGUUGUGACUCUGCGCUUCCAAUGCAGGGGGUGCAGGUUCGAUCCCUGGUCAGGGAACUAAGAUCCCACGUGCUGCGCAGCCAAAAAAAAAAAAAGCCGUGGUAAUUUUAAGCCAGAUAAAUUCUUUUUGUGUUUUUUCUAAGAGUCUCACUCUUCAAAUCAAACUUUUAAAUAGGAAGUUUAGUUACAGGGGAAUUGUUGAAUAAUAAUGGAUGUAAAAAUAUACAAUUUCAUUUUUUUGGGUGUAUGUAUGGGGCUGUAUCUCCUCAGGUUUUCUUCAUGUUUUAUCUUGAAAAUUCAGUGGAAACUGAAAAUCAUUUCUACUUUAUGAGUCUCAGUUCAACUGAAAGUGUUAUGAAAUAGUCAAGGAUGACAGCAACAGGAAUUUGGUGAUAAUGAGAUUAAAAAAUGUGACAGUGCAUUGUCUGUAAAGUUGUCAUCCUUUAUUACAUGGAAGAGUAGUAUUUAAAUGUGCAUAAGUUUACAAAAGGGUUAUAAGACGCUGCUUUAGAGAGUAAACUUUAAAAUACUAAGGACAAAAUGGAAGUUAAUGCAGUAAUGCAGGCUAGGCUGCCCCAUCUCUGCAUUUGUGCUGUUGAAAUAUAACCUUGGACAAUCUAACAGAUUCUCUUUGACCUGAGAAAAGCACCCUCAAGGCCGUCGACAGACAUGAAUGGCUUCAAGGUCUUGAGCUGCAUGUAACUCAUGAGGCUGCAUUUGCAAAUCGUUCAAGGCUGAGAAACCGCCAUGUAUUCUGAGUCUGUGUUUCAAAUAAAGGUUUUGUAAUGCUGCUUCUUCAAAAGGCCAAUCAGAUUCUAUCCUUUGAUUCUCCAAGUCCAGACACAAACCUGGAACCCUUGUCUUUUUCUUGCUGUUUGUUUAUGAUGGGACCUAUGGUUAAAUAAGUGGUUCAAAAACUUUGACUAAGGGAAUGGGUGACCUUGGAAAAGUCUUUAAGUAGCCAGAUAAAUGAGAAACAUGUUUGCUGGAGAGAAAAAACAUCCUUGGUUCCCUGAAAGAAGCUUGUGAUGUGGGUAUGGCAUUUUGUGUGAUGUGGAUGAUUAAUGUGUAUCAUUUAUAUUUAUAUAAAUUUAUAUAUAUGUAUUUAUCCAGGAGUAUUGUUAAAAAGUACCAACCUGAUAAAAUACCCUGAACUCUACAUACACCAUUCACUCCCUUUCUCAGAGCAAGCGGAGGUAUGAUGACAGCUGUUCAGCACAACAGAAACACGUUUCUUUUACAGGGACAGCCAUAGUCAAGGCACGGAGAUCUACAGGGAUUUUCCUUGAGUAGUUUUACAAAAUAAUAUUACAUUUUGUGGUCUGUACAUUGUAAUAAACCAGCAAUAAAACAACAAAAAGAACCUAUGAA